AUGUCUGUGAUACAGGGUCAGAUUGGCUGGAGAGUGACUUACACCUCUACUCAGAUCUGUGCUGUUAAAGGAUCAACAGUGAACAUACCCUGCAGCUACACAUACCCAUCCUGGUGGGAAGGCAGUGAUACUAGAGUUGAGAGAACAUUCUGGUUUACUGAAUUAAAUAGUGGUGAACCCGUGGAUCUAACAACAGUCUCAGAGUAUUCAGGUCGUGUGCAGUAUCACUGUGAAAACAAGGACUGUACUCUGAGAAUCUCAGACCUGAGAGAGAGAGACUCAGCUGUGUACAAGUUCAGGUUCAUAACAAACCGUUUCAGAGGGAAAUAUACUGGUUAUCCUGGAGUCACUCUGUCUGUUACAGACAGAUUUUCCUGUGCUGUAAGAGGACAUGAGGACUCCCCCUCUCCUUCAGUGUAUGGUCCAAAGCUUCCCUCUGUGUCAGUGAGUCCCUCUGCUGAGAUAGUGGAGGGCAGUUCAGUGACUCUGACCUGUAGCAGUGAUGCUAACCCAGCAGCUAAAUACACCUGGUACAAGGAGAAGCCAGUCAUUAAAUAUCUCAGUGAAGGACCACAGCUCGUCUUCAGCUCCAUCCAGUCCUCUGACUCUGGACAGUAUUCCUGUAAAGCUGAGAACAAGCUGGGGGAAAAGACGUCUCAAUACAAAUUUAUCAAUGUGAAAUAUGGUCCAAAGCUUCCCUCUGUGUCAGUGAGUCCCUCUGCUGAGAUAGUGGAGGGCAGUUCAGUGACUCUGACCUGUAGCAGUGAUGCUAACCCAGCAGCUAACUACACCUGGUACAAGGAGAACCAAACACUGCUUCAAGGACCAGAAGGACGUUAUUAUUUCUCCUCCAUCAGAUCUGAGGACAGAGGGAACUACUACUGCAAGUCUGAGAAUCAGUUUGGACAGAUCAAGUCAUCGUCUCUGUCAGUAGAUGUUCAGUAUGGUCCAAAGCUUCCCUCUGUGUCAGUGAGUCCCUCUGCUGAGAUAGUGGAGGGCAGUUCAGUGACUCUGACCUGUAGCAGUGAUGCUAACCCAGCAGCUAACUACACCUGGUACAAGGAGAAUGAAGACUCACCAAAAGCAUCAGGACAGAUCUUCACCAUCACUGACUUCAGAGCUGAACACAGUGGGAAUUAUUACUGUGUAGCCCAGAACAGAAGAGGAAGUCAGAACUCCACCUUACACCUGAUUGUUGUAGCAGAUCAUCAUAUCUCAGGAUCAAGUCUGUUAAUAGCUGCUGGACCAAUCAGUGUUGUUCUCCUGGCUGUCCUAUCCCUCUCUGUCUUCCUGUGGAUCAGAAAGAGGAGGGCUUCCAGGGACUCGUCUGGACCAGACAACAGGGAACAGUGUGUACCUGAUCCGAGUGAGCCAGAGGAGCAGGCUGACCUUCAGUACGCCACCAUCCACGUCUCCAACAGCCAGGCAGAUCCUCUGUACUCCAACAUCAGAGCUGCUCCGCCCCUCAGACACAGGGAGCAACAGGAAGCCGUUGAGUACGCUGCCGUCAGCUUCAACAGUGGCAGUACUGCCCCGAGAACCAGAGGUCGGGACACUGGAGAGGAUCCAGAUGCUUUGUACAGCACAGUCAACAAGACCAGAUGA